AUCCCACACUGUCAUCCUGCAAAAACUCUAAAACAUUGGGACAUCUCUUAAUUGCUCCUAUUAAUGACUUAUUAGCUUCGGGAAAGACCUCCUCAAAGUUCCUACAGAACUUCACUCUGUUGUAUUGCUAGAAAUUUGCUACGACAUAGGUUUGAAAUGUUUUGCAAAAUAUGGAUUUGUGCAGCUACCAUGUGUGUCUUGGUUCCACAAGGACCAUAGAGUGGGCCUUUAACUGCAUGUUUAACAAAGUCUCAGGUAUUACCUGUGCUGUGUGGUGUGUGAGGGUUCAUUGCCACCAACUGGAGGAGGCUUGAACUGCAGGGUUGUGCCGAAUAAUACUGUGAAUUUCCAUGUUUAUAUCAAACAAAGUGCAUACAUACGAGAUUUCAGCUUAAUAUGAUAUUCGUUUGUCCUUAUUUCAGUGACAAGGGGUGUGGAACCAUCAGUAUUGACUUGAAAGUUAAUGAGAUUUAGAGUGUGGAGAGUAGAGGGAGUCUCUGCUGCUAUCUGGUGGUGGAUCCUGAGCCCACGGGCAAUUGUAGUGUGCCACUUGCACUUUACUCCAGAUUCUGUAAUAGGACAGGACAUGAAAAUGGAAGUUAUUGUGUGUUUUUUUUUUGUAUCCCCAGUUAUGGGUUUAAACGAGAUGAGUUUGAUUAUAACGCUUGGCAUUCAGGUCUCAGGGCUAUUGUCUUCUCAGAUAGAGAUUGGCACCCUGGCCCCACCCGACUACAACUACCCAAUGCCUGAGGCCUCACUGGAAGAGCAAGAGGAGGAGGAGGAAUUGCCCCUAAAGCCCCAGCUCAUCCCUCAGGGCUCAGGGGGGUCCGGCGUUCUGAUGGGCCCAGACACACAGAAAGAGGUGGAGCUGCGUCUGACGCCCAUUGACAUCCUUCAUGUCUCCGGGGAUUUUGGGGGCUCGGUGGGGUCUGGUGCCUCAGGUGCCUCUGGGGUUUCUGGGUCAGGAGGCUCAGGGGACCCACUGGUCUCCGGUGCCUCUGGGGGUUCCGGUGAUAUUGUCUUCAUCUCCGGGGCUUCUGAGGAGAUCCUGAGCAGCUCCGGAGGAUCAGGGGAGUUCUUGAUGUCCGGGGAUGUUAAUUUCUUGAUAUCAGGGGAACUCUCUGGAUCUGAGGAGGUCUCUGGAUCUGGAGACCUCCUGAUUUCUGGGGAUAUCCAUGAAUCAGGGGAUUUCCUGAUAUCCGGGGAUAUUUCUGUGUCCGGGGAUCUCUUGAUAUCUGGAGAUAUUUCAGGAUCUGGAGAUCUCUUGAUAUCUGGGGAUACCAUGGGAUCCACAGCUUCUGGAACCUCUGAGGACUUUGGCUCCGGAGGUUCUGGAGUUCUAAUCGAAUUAGGAUCUGGGGGGCUUGGUAUCGCCACUGAACUCCCUUUCGGCUCCGGAGGGUCUGGGGACCAGUCUGGUUCUGGGUUCUCGGGAGAUCUCCUGACCUCAGGUGCCUCUGGAGGCUCUGGGGUUUCUGGGGACACCGAUGAGUCUGGGGAGUCAGGGAUAACAUUAUUACCUGGAGAGGUGGAAAUAUCUCUCAUUCCUACAACUAUCCCACAAGAGGCAUCGGGUACUUCUGGGGAUUUCUCUGGAGUUUCAGGAACCUCAGGGGAUCUUGGAGUGUCUGGAGACGUAGAGGUCUCUGGAACUUCUGGUGUCUCUGCCUCUGGAGAACCUGAGGAGCUUGAAAUAAUUCUGAUUCCUGACACUGAUAAAGAGGAGGGGCUGCUUCCAACACAAGAGACCCCUCAGGAGGGUACUGGUGGUGUAGAAACGACACUGGGCUCUGGCCUACCAGAGCCCGAGGAACCCGAAGAACCUGAGGUUGACACAAAAGGUAUGCCCACUUGCUUGCUGUGUACGUGUCUUGGUGGUUCGGUCUACUGUGAUGACUUGAAGCUGGACAGCGUACCACCUCUGCCCAAAGACACCACUCACUUCUACGCCCGCUACAACAGGAUCACCAAGAUCAACAAGUCUGACUUUGCCUCCAUGAACAAGCUGAAGAGGAUCGACUUGACGUCCAACGCCAUCUCGUCCAUUGACAGCACGGCGCUUUUGGGUCUGCCGGAGCUUGAGGAGCUGGUCAUUCGAGAAAAUCACCUCUCACAGAUGCCCGCCCUGCCGGAGACCAUGACCCUAAUCGACGCCAGCCACAAUAACAUUGAUUCCAAGGGUAUUCUGAAAGAAGCCUUCAAGGACAUGACUGGUCUGCUGUACCUGUACCUGACGGACAACGAAAUUGACUACAUCCCUGUCCCUAUGCCAGACAGUCUACGAUCCUUACAUCUACAGCGUAACAACAUUCAGACAAUGCACGAGGACACCUUCUGCAACCUGCACGAUUUCAACUACAUCCGCAAUGCAUUGGAGGACAUCCGUCUGGACGGCAACCCCAUCAACCUGAGCCGAACCCCGCAGGCGUACAUCUGCCUGCCCCGCAUCCCGGUCGGCGACCUCAUCUAAAACACAUACGCACACACAUACACCCCCAAACGCAGUGACCGCCACCACGCGUCCCUGUAAAUAUCGACCCAAUACGUGCACGGGGCGUGCGGACAAUCGUCUUUCGGCGGCCUUCCACGCGCUGCUGAGAUACACUAUUUUGCGGAGAGCUACCACUCUGCGUGGAUAUCCACGAUUCCAUAAAUGCGUGCCAUGCACAUGCACACCAUUGUAGCGCGCACGCACACACACACACACACACACAAACACAAACACACACACACACACACUAACAACAAAAGCAGAACUAUUCCGCAACUUGAUUUUGGAGUUAAAGUCCACCCUCAACUGAAUGUUUCUGUCUGGUGUUUGCUCACAACAGGUCAAUUUUUGUUUAAAGAUGUUUUUUUUGUAAAGAUGAAAUAUAAAUAUUAAAUAAAUCUCUUGGAAAUGUAAACUUAUUGAAGGCCGGAGCUCAAUGAAAGGUGAGAUUUUGAGUAUCUAAUGCAAUAAAAGACGCAUUUUAAACAAGCACUUGUUGUAAAGUCUGUACUGUAAUAUAAAAAUAUAUAUACAGUGAAGAUUUAGGUGUCGUGAAAAAGUGAUUAACUGUGCACAAUAUCUUAUUCUAAAGACUAUUGUUCAUGAUUUGGGGAGAAGGGUUGUGGUUCAGAACAAUGCUAAC